AUGGAAUGGCUGCUGGAGGACGUGUUUGGGGCUGAGGGAGAUAUGGAGAUUCUCUGGGGCCAGCUGACUCAUGCCCUCGCCUGCAGACACUGUGGCAGCAGCUGCCUCCAGAGUCCAGGAAACCUGGUGAUACUGUUCUUGUUCAUGGUUUGGCAGAUCCGGAGGUGGCAACAUCUAGGGAUGUGGCAACAGCUUCAGCCCACGUGGUCUGGGGACAAGAAGCAAGACAAGGGCCUAUCACUUCUAUACUAUGUGGCCUUCCUUGGUUGCCUGUGGAAGAAGAAAUCAGAGAAGGAGGAGGAGAAAGAAGAGGACGAGGACGAGGAAGAGGAAGCAUCUCUGUAUCCAAUGGAGCAAUGUUCUCCCCAAAGAGCUCCCAUACAAGAGCAAGGCACCACAGCCCUGCCUCAGCCAUCUCGUGGUUCUGAGGGCCUUCCCAAGGUCACAGGGACAUUAGAGAAAAUACUCUCACAGCCUCCAAGCCCUUCUGGAUCCUUCCCCACCUUCCAGAUCCUGACCAACCUACCCGUGAGGCACAACACAGCACCAGGAAGCCACCUGCAACAGAGAAAAAGCCAGCUCUUCUGGGGUCUCCCCUCUCUGCACAGCGAGUCUUUGGAGGCCAUUUUCUUGAGCAGAAAUGGCCCCUUUCCCCUGAGGUUGUAUGUUCGUCCUUCUGUCUUCUUCAACAAGCUUGCUUUCCUGCCUAGGUAUAACCUCUUUCCCCAAAGUCACUUCCCAACCCAGUUUCCUAUCCUUGAAGCACAUACUUUAGAAGAUAUGGAAGGAAUGGUUUCUGGUCCUCAGUUGCUUCCACCUCCAUCUCUUCCUGUCCCAUCACUACCCCUCCACAAGGGAGUCCUAUCUGGCACUAAGGGAAAUACACAGUGGCUUACACAGCAGAGAGGGAGUCCUUGGGUAGACCAAGUCCGGUACCCACAGCCUGAAUCCCAAAUAAUCAGACCCUCUAAGCUCUUCUCAUCUGAGGCCUGGAGGAGGGUGUCAGGGGACCCCAGCCCUCAUCAACACAAUCCGGAUUUACCCUCUGCUUUGCUGUAUCCAUCUAGCUGUUUGGGAAUCCAAACUAGGUUUGAGGCCCAGUGGAGGACCAUGGGGCAAAAUGAGAAUCUGCACAUUUCUGAGUCAACAAUGCCAGCUUCUAGCUCAAACCCAGCCUUACUGCCAAAACUCCAGGAAGUAAACUCUAUAGGAGGCCUGUCUGGUUCCAAAGCCCCCUGGAAAACUAUAGAGCAAAAAGAGAACCCUCAGGUCUCUGAGUCCCCAGUCCUAGCACCAUGCCAACCCCUCAUCCCCAAGAUGGCAGCUCAAGGAACUGGCCCCUUGGGAAUCCCACCUGGAUAUCAGAUUCACUGGGGAACCAUAGAACAUAAAGCCCCUCAGUCCCCAAUGUCAAGCCCCUGCCAACCCCCGGCUUGUGUGUCAGAAUCCCAAAAAGUCAGUCCUCAAAGAGGACUUUGUGCACCCAAGGACUUCUUGGGAACUAUGGGCUACAGAGAGAAUCUUCAGACCUCUGAGGCUCCAAUGCCAGCCCCCUGCCCUCUCCUAGACUCCCUGCCAGAACUCCAAAGAGAGCAUCCUCUAGAAUAUGAGGCUCCGUUGGGAAGCAGAGAAAACUCAGGAAACUGGGCCUCUGAACCCUCAACCUUGGACCUCAAGCCAGGACUCCAUGAACCCAACCCUGCAUGUGCCCCAACAGCAUCUGAGACUCCAGGGAAGGGCACGCAGAGUAGAGAAAAUCUUUCAGUCUCUGUAGACCCAGCUUCAUCUCCCAACCUGCCCUCAGCCUCUCUGUUGGAGUCUCUGGUAACGGGCCCCCAGGGAGUCCUGUCUGAGUCCAAACCCUCAUGGGAGACCAAUGGGCAGAGAAUCAAUCUCUGGGCAUCUGACUCCCCAUACCCUCUCCACAGUGCACCACUAGCCCCCUCUACAGAACCGCACAUAAUCAAUACUGUGGAAGGCUUGCCUACAUCAGAAGCUACACAGAAGGCUACUGAGCAUCCCAGGAAUUCCUGGCCUUCUGAACCCCCACUUCUGGCCCUCAGCUCAACCCCAGCUGUUAUAGUAGAGCAGCCCAGAGUUAGUCCCAUGGGGGUCCUGUUUGAUUCUAAGGCUAGAUGUGGGGACGCGGGAGGGACAAAGAGCUCCUGGGACUCUGAGGUCCCUGCCUGCAGCUUACCCCAAGGUCCGCAAGGAGCCAGCCUCCUGGGAGUCCUGUUUGACUCUGAGCCUGUUGGGGCAGUCGUGGAGCAGAGAAAAAACAUUGUUUCUGUGUCCCCUGUUUGGGACUCCAAACCACCCCCAAAGUCUGUUUCAAAGUCCCACGUAAGUAGUGAGCCUUUUGAAGAUCAAUGCAACUGUAAUUCUGAGGGGGAAGCAGCAGAACAGAAAGAGAACUGCUGUGCUUUUAAGGGCCCAGACCCCAGCUCACUCGCUGUUCCUCUGCCAGAGCCACACAUUGACCUUGAUCUUGUAUGCAGAAAUGUGCAACAGAGAGAGGUCCCCCAGGACCUCAGCCUUCCAAAAGUGGAUCCCUUGAAACCAAUAGCCUGGUCUCCCACCACAGCUGAAGUUCUGAAGAUUGAGCCCACUCAGCCCAGCCUAUCCAGUCUGGUCCCAGGGACUAAGGCAGAAGCCCCAUCCUCCCAGGCAGAGGCUGUCCCAGAGGUGCUCACUUGCAGUGAGAUCCACGCCUGGCAAUGGAGUAGAGAGUUGGAACUCAUGCUCAAGAAACUGCAGCAGAGUCCGGCUUCCAGAUCCCCUCGCCCAAGUCAACAGUUUUGCAGCUCUCCUGCCCUGAGCUCCCCACCUCCAGACUCCUGGGAACUGUCUUCCUACCCCCGACAGCAGACUGACCCCUCCAACCUGUGCCCCCAUUCUUCAAGCUAUUAUCCCCCCAAAAUUCACAGCACAGUACUUCAACCUGCCCAGGCUUCCCACAGUCAUCACUCUCAUUUCUCUUCCCAGACUCUGCCACGAGGGUCUGGCAGAGCAGAAAAAGGGUCUCCGAGAGCAGAGAAAAUAAAGAGGAAGAUGGUGGUCCAGGUCUCAGGUGUCCACAGGGAGUCUAGUCAGAAUAGUCCAGGCCUGAGAGAACCCUCAAAUCCCAAGGUUCUGGCCUCAGGCAAGAGACAGGAAAAGGCUCCAGUCCUAACUUUAUCCAAAAAGACAGAGAGCCCCAGAAAACCCAAAGCAGGAGAGCACAGCAAGAUAGGGUCACCCACAGUCACAGGCACCCAGGCCCAAAGAGGAGUGGAGGCCUCUGUGAGCAGACUGUCCCAAAGGCCUCAGCACAAAGGCCAAGGACCUCAACACACUGCUCUUCCCACGGCUGCUGGUCCCCAGUACCAGAGACAGGACAUGCAAUACUCUUACCACUGUAAGCACUGUCCUUGGGCCCGUGUGCAGACGCGUCUCUCUCCUCCCACACCCCAGGCUCCCCUUACCAGGCGUCUCCAAAAGGCAUUAGCAAAGUUGCUGGGUACCCACAGACCCCUGCCCACCAAAUCUAGUCAGUAA